CGCUGCCACUACGCAGCGAGACUGCGGACCGCGAGGUGCUCUGACCCACACGCUCGGCGCGCCGAUACCGCUGCCGCAAACACCUACGCACUGCCGCCGUCGUCAUCGACCUGCUGCUGCACUUUCCUGCGCUUCGAUCUCUGCGACGAAGUAGUACACGACCUGCAGUGUGUGAACUAUAUCAUUAGCAUUCUGACAUUUGCGUAAAACGUACGUAUACAGAGACAGUGAUGUGAGAGUUGUGGUGCUGUGCAGAUAUACGCCACUGCGAAGGAUUGUGCGCGAGGACAGUACGAGGCUAAUCGCGUCCAUCUGUGCUAACAAGUGAUUUAUCUGCUGGACACGGGACAGAGAGUAAGAGAAAGACAGUUGUCGAGUGUUGGAGGAGAGACUUGCUGGUCGCUAAUAAGCUAAUUAUCGCGACGCGAUCGAGUCCAGCGCGACUGUGUAGAAGCUCGUGAGUUAGAAGCGCGCGGGCAAUUACCACGAGGCGCGUGCGCGCCAAACGAGUGAGCGCGAGAGAGACGGAAAGAGCAGCAGAGGCGCGCGCGACAACACGUGCGCGCGGAGUCUAGUGCUGCAGAGCAGCAGUUCUCCCGUGCAUUGGGACGUACGUACGUAGAGUGAAAAAGGACACUGCUUAUUCCGAGAGAGAUAGAGACACUGUGCUCGGCUCUCUAUAAGAUAAUUAAAAGCGCAUUACACAGUUCUUAUCUGCGCCUCAAUUGCCGCGUCGAUAAACAAGCUUUAUUUAGAGUCGCUGUUUUAUCUCGGCCGAGCAGCGCGCGGACUGAUGAAAAACGCUGCGCGCGCGAGCGCGAUCCGCAAUUAACCGUUUGCCCCGACUCCUUACUUAAUCGCCCGUAAUUAUCUCUCCGCGAAGUAAUUAAGUAUCAGCGGAGCUGAUGUCAUCCGGCCGGCGCUCGCCGACUCGAGGAGAAGAAGAAGAAGCAACGGCAGCAGCAGCAGCCUCGUUGUUGCCUUUUAGCUGAACGGGCAGAGAGGAUAGUUAUUUGUUUGCGGCGACUUUUUAAAGAGACACUUGUAGAGGUGCGCGUGCGGAAACGGAGCCGACAACAGCAUCAGCAGCAGUAGCACCAGCUGAGGGAGAUCGUCUCAGCCGUGUUCAAACUGCGUCAUAACGACGUCGUACGUACGUCAAUCACAGGUCGUUUCAGACUGCGAUUCUUCGGGAUGCGAGGCUGACAUGGCGGAGGGCUCGGCAGAGGAGGAACAGAGCAGUACCGCUGCGCCCGCUUCGCCUCCAGCAGAUCUCCGUAUCCUGAAUACCCAGCUCUCGACGAGCUACCAGCAGCAACAGCAGCAGCAUUACCACCAACAGCAGCAGCAGCAACAUUCUCGACCUCAGCAGUCGACGCUGCUUCAGCAACGGCAACAUCCGAACAUGCUAGCUACUGCGGUACCGCCUAGGCACAGUAUGCUGCCUCAGCCGCUCAAAGCUGAGAUUAAGUCCGAGAACGAGUUGGACAACUCCUGCGACGUCCCUUUAAAUCUCAAAAGCGAGGUAAGCUUUCCCGAAGAUGGAGCGUACAGCAAACUAGACGAUACAGCUUUUCCGGUAAGAAAACAAAUGGGACACGACCUGUCGCCUUUUGAAGAGGUGAGUUAUCCUAACGGGCCGCAGUCAUCCGACUCUUUACUCAAUGGAAAAGACUCAAUGGACUCGGAUAGGAGUAGCAGCGGAAGUCCCGAGCCAGCCUCGGGCUCGCUCCACGAGCACCAGCUGAUAAUGGAGGGUAUGAGGAACUCGCGGAAGAGGCGACGUAGCCCUUCGCCGAAAAACAUGGACCACGCGAAGCGCGCAGCUGUCGCCCAGGCUCAUCUAAACGGUACCAUGGCGGGAAUGGUGACGCUCCAGAAUCUCCAAAACCUGGCGAACCUUCAGAGCCUGCCGCAAGUCGCCUCAUUCGCGGCCGGGCUUCAGGGCAUGUCCACUGAACUCACCAGCAAUCAGCUCAUCAACGCGCCACUCAACCUCACGGUUACCCCACCGGCUGGAACGGUCUCGUCGACACCCUCGUGCACCACGGCUCCGAUGGCGACCCUCACCCAGCUCUUGUCGCAGCCCCAGCCAGUCGCGAUGCCGCAAUUCAUUAUGACCUCCGGCCAGCUCGUACAGGGCAUCCAGGGCGCUCAACUUCUCAUACCCACGUCACAAGGUAUCGCUACGCAGACCAUAUUGACCAUUCCCGUGAGUCACGUGAGCACCAGCAACCAAAUAGUGAACCUAGCGCUGAGCAAUGGCCAAGUCGUGUCGACGACGCUGGCGAAUCUUCAGUCGAUCGCACAGCCCCAAGGCAUGAUGAACACUCCUGCGAACAACGUACCGACGAGUCCGAGCUUAGCCCCGGGCUUAGGCAUAAACCCCGCGGCCCUGCCACACUUGCUCAGCAACAGUUCGGCCAGCCAACAGUUGCUCAGCGCGAUGCAGCCCCAGCAGCUCUUACAGGCGGCACAAGCCGCUCAGGCAGUCCAGGCCCAGGCCCAGGCGGUCCAGGCAGCUGCGGCCCAACAGGCCCAGCAACAGGCGGCUCAAGUUGCAUCGCAGCAGCAACAGCAACCGCUAAUCGCCACCUCGCCACAGCAGCACCCGCAUCGACACUCGUCUCACACACUCAACCAUUACGCGCAACAGCAACAGUCUGAAAAGCUACACAGGGAAAGAGUGGAACAGUCAUCACCGCUAAACGGCUCCGCGGUGUCCGCUGCUUCGGCUCUCAAUCGGUUGGCCGCUAGUAAUGGCGAGAUUACCAUUACAACGACGCAUGGUCCCACUAGUGCGAACGUCAAGGCGUCGCCUAGUAGCGUCCACAGCGUCAAGGACGAUGACGAUGACCUUCUCAACGACUCCUCCAAUCAACCAACUAUUAACGAAGCCACGAACAACGUUGUCGAAGGCAUCAACUUAGAUGAAAUAAAGGAAUUCGCUAAAGUCUUCAAGUUACGUCGAUUGUCGCUAGGUUUAACGCAGACACAAGUAGGUCAGGCUCUCAGUGUAACUGAAGGACCAGCUUACAGCCAAAGUGCGAUUUGCAGUGCCCUGGCUUUCCAGAUGUACGCUCAGCAGCAUCAGAAGAUGUUCGAGAAGCUCGACAUUACACCGAAGAGCGCGGUAAAAAUCAAGCCUGUACUGGAGACGUGGAUGAAGGAAGCCGAGGAUAGUGCGUAUGAUUACAGGUUUAAAAGCGGUGCCAACCACCUGACGGAUUUCAUCGGCGUAGAACCUAGCAAAAAGCGGAAGCGGCGAACCUCGUUCACACCCCAAGCUCUAGAGCUGCUUAACGCGCAUUUCGACAGAAACACGCAUCCUUCCGGUAAUGAGAUUACAGCGCUCGCACAGCAGCUGGGCUACGACCGCGAGGUAAUUAGGAUCUGGUUCUGCAACAAGAGACAAGCCCUUAAGAAUACGGUGAGGAUGAUGUCGAAAAACAUAUCCUAAAAUAUAGCUGACACAGCUAUGCUGUCUCGACCAAUGUUCGAAGUUCAAGGACAAAGCUCCAACACGCUUAUUACUGCACCGGAUAUUGCAUUUUACUUGGAGAAUGAACAUGCGUACGAUUUGCCACAUAUGACACUGUGAAAAUAUUAUAGCUUUAAAGCUUCGUUGUGAUCCGUCAAACGGACCGUCAAGAUAGGAAAGAAGAUAUAGGAGAGAUAAAUAAAGUGAGAUUAAGAAGAAAAGAGAGCGAGAGAAAGAGUGCGAGAAAAAAAGAGACAUGGGGUGAGAGUGCAUGCGUAUUGUAAACGAUUAAUGAAAGUUCGUGGUCGGAGCUCUUACGCAGAGGUUUCCCUUUUUUCAGUAGUUUUCUUACAACUUUUUUCCGUAUAAUUUACGUAGGUAAUAUGUAUAUUAUUAAGAUUAUUAACGAUGUUCCGUUAUUUUAUAUAUAUAAGAAGAAAUAUAUAUAACUAUUUUAUUAUAUUAUUUACUAGGUACACUUCAGUUUACCUUCGCGAAGUAUUUUAAGUGCGAGAAAACGACGCGUAUGCAUGUAGAUUAAGGAAGUAUAUUUUUUAAGUAAAUUUUCUAUAUUUCAUUAGUAUCGAAGGAUAAUUUUUGUUUCGCUCAUCGAGUUUUUUGCGUACUUAAGUGUAACUUUCGUGACGGCAAACAUUGAAAGAGCAUUAAUUUAUUUAUAAAUAAGUAAUUAUAGAGCGUGAAAAAGCACUGGAAAAAGUCAUAGACAUUUAUUGCUUCGACCAUGAUUAUGAAGGAAACUCAUUACUUUGUAAGAUACGCGUAACUACGUUAUAUGGACUCACCUUAAGAAUGAUUUUUUCGACUUUAGUUUUAGCAAUUUUCGUCCAACCUCGUCCGUUAAGGUGAAUUCGAACACGAUGGAGAACAAAUAAAUAAAUAAAUAAAUAAUGACUGAUACAGGUGGUACACAAUCGAGCGAUUUCUCAGAUCCAGGCGGAAACAGGGUAAAUGAGACUGCUCGACUUGCACCACUGAGCAUUGUGAUCGCAGACGUAUACGCGUGUAUUAUCUGUAAAUAAUUUUUACGUAAAAUAAGAGAGCUCCAUGCAAGAGAGAGAAAAUAAGAAAAAAAUAUGUUCUAAAAGUUUUAUAAAAAAUAUGUAGUUAAAAUAUAAUUUAUAUUAUUAUAUAACAUUAUUUGUAUUGGCAAAAAAGUAAUUUACUCUACAAAUCAAAACAAAAAAAUGAGAAAAAUUGUUACUAUUAUUGCACUGCAUUUAAAAAUAUUAGGAUACAUUUAACUAAAAGUAUACAGAAAUUUGAUCGAUCGGUAUUCGUUUAACGUAGUUAACGAAUGACUUCCGUAAAAAUGUUGUUUUUAUCUUUCAAACUGAAUGAUUUUUUGUGCUACAUAUUUUCCCCGAUAGCUAUAGUGGCAUAUUUAUAUGGAGAAAAAUAACAGGAGUCUUCUUGGAUUCGAAGAUAUGAAAAUUUGCUUUAGGAAAUAAAAUAAGCAAAGAAAUCGAUUAUAUGUAUCAAGGAUUGCAAAAGAAGCACUCGAUUUAGCUGGACUCUCUAUAGUGAUUACGCACGAAUAUUUCUAUAAGGAAUGUUGACAUUACUAAGUAUAAAAUCGAUUGCAAUAACUCGUCUUUGAAAGUAUACUUAUGUACCGACAGGCUGCCCUAUUGUUUUUUCCGAUAAACAGAUUUCAUUUUUCUCUUGGUAUGCUAUAUAAACAAAAAAUAUCUUUCAAGGAAAUAAAAAAAAAUAAAGGACAUAUUACUAUACUAAAAAUAUAAAAAUAAACAUUUUUUACACUAGUCAUAUGUUUAUCUAACGAUCCUGUUAUUACUAGUGCGAUUUUGUUAAGUAAAUAAAGCUUCUCAGAGUUACGUUUAUUGAUUUGAUUUAUAAUGUUAUAUGCAUUUGCGAAGUUAAGUGCAAAAAGCUGAUUCGUUAGACAGACUAUGCAAACAGUUAUUCAGCCGACUAAACAUAUAUAAUAUACUAAAAUGAAAAAUGUCUUCAGAAUUCAGCAAACUUAUAGGUGUCAAAAUCGCUUUUUACAUAGUAAUAUAAAAACAUUUUUUGAGUUCAUACUCAAUGUAUUUUAAGAAACUAAUCAAUAUAAAUUCAUAUGCCUUACUUAGUAAGUUUUCCAUUUGAAUCUGUUGUUUGUUGACCAACGGAAUGAGCUUCUUGUCGUUAAAAAAGCAUAGUUUCAGCUUCCGAGCAUAGCCUGUACAUAAUACUUUAACGAGAAUAUACAUAAUUACAUGAUAAUAGGCACUCAUAAAUGAUAAAGUUUACUCCAACAAUUAUCACAGCUAUAUAAUAGCUAGAAAGAAAAAAAGCGUGCAUACAAAGAAAAUUUACAUGGUUAAAGGUUGACUAUGAAAGGGUGACGAUAUUUUUAGGAAUAAAGUAACAUUUAAGGAAAAACAAUGAUGACGAGCAAAGUGGUUUGUUCCUAAAAACUGUAUUAUAAAACGCUAGAGCGCACUCUGUGAGAGGCGAGUCGAACGGAAUAUUCAAAAUUCAAAAUUUAUAUCUCGAUAAAAGCGCGUUGGCGAAUCGCCAUAGUAUGUUAUGUCCUUUUUGAUAAAAACAUAAAAAAAUGCGAGCGGUCGAAAAUAACGUUUGUACAGAGAUGUUCCGGUUAUUAAAUUUUGUUAUACGGUUGGUGAGAGCAAUGAAAAUGAGUACGCUAAGUGGGAGAAAAACGAAUAAAAGAAAAGAAUCAUGUAUAUUUUCUUCGUGAAAAUUUCACAUCUAAAUAGAGCAUUGCAAAAAUGAACUCUUAAUACUUAGACUAUAUUAAGGGGGAAAAAAGUAACGUGAGUUGUAUUCGUGAGUGUCAUACUUCUAAGGAAAACGCAGAUCCACGGGCUAAUGUUUCACAGCAGUUUCUGGCAGAAAUGUCAGCGCUCCGCGCAAAAGCAACUUUCUUUCGAGAUACCUAACCAUCGAUGCCGAAAUGGUCGCAUCAUUUUCGAAUUGCCAUUCACCUGUAUAAAAUCUCUGUAGUACAAAGCCAAUCUUAUAAAAAAAUUAUGGGCAGCAAACUCAAAUACUUUUCGGCAACAAUUGGGAGGAAACUGCUCUCGAAACAUUGCCCGGUGAAACCAAAGUUCCUACUACAUUUUAUAAAGUUACUCGACUGUAAAACUGGAAUUGUAAAUAAGGAAGAGACGCAAGUAUUAAAAUAGUAGUAUUUACAGAUACAAUCAGCUAUUUCAAGGCUAUUAACAAAAAAACUAAAAAAAAAAUGUUGUCAAUCGAUGGAAAUUUCAGCAGUGCUUGAAAUCACAUACACACGUUAAUUAUUGCUCUAAAGGGAAGCGGCUCAAUAUAUGAACGUUGUGCAAAUCGUAGUCUCACGUCUGUAUUGCCGUUCGUUGGUCCAUGAAUGGAUUUCCUUUAUGACAAUGAUUCAUAUAAUAGCGUACUCAUAAGUGUAUACAUAUGCGUCAAGAACAUUUUUAUCGCAAAUUUACACUCAAAAAGAAUGAUAACAAGAUGAAAAAUAGAGCAUAAUUGAUUGACCGUGAAACUACAUUAAACGUACAUACACAGUCGGAAAUUAAGCACAUAAGUAUACAACUAGAGUUUAAGCGAGGCAGUAGCUUUAGAUUGAAUGUUAGCGCUUAGGCACGAUGUAACAUUACAACUACAUAUUAAAAGAAAUACAAAAUGAAAGAAGGAAAUUUAGAUCGUAAGCGAAUACCUGUGUAAAAUCUAGUAGGUGUCCACAAGAAUAAAAUAAAAACAUAUAUUGUGGUACAAAUCA